GGCGCAGCCGGAGAUCCCGGCCCCGCCGCCCGGCCCCGCUCCCGCUGAGCCCCGCGCGCCCCUCGCCCUGCAGCAUGAGCGGCGGCGGCGGCGGCUCCUCGGCACCCGGCCGCUUCGCCGACUACUUCGUCAUCUGCGGGCUGGACACCGAGACCGGGCUGGAGCCGGACGAGCUCUCCGCUUUAUGCCAGUAUAUACAGGCCUCUAAAACCCGAGAUGGUGGCAGCCGUUUCAUUUCAAGUGCAACAGAAGGGGAAAACUUUGAACAGACUCCGUUAAGACGCACAUUUAAAUCCAAAGUUCUUGCUCGCUAUCCUGAGAAUGUUGAAUGGAACCCUUUUGACCAGGAUGCAGUGGGAAUGCUGUGUAUGCCUAAAGGGCUUGCUUUCAAGACACAAGCAGAUUCCAGAGAACCUCAGUUCCACUCCUUCAUUAUUACCCGUGAAGAUGGCUCGCGGACAUUUGGAUUUUCCCUCACGUUUUUUGAGGAAGUCACUAGCAAACAGAUCUGCAGUGCAAUGCAGACCCUGUAUCAUAUGCACAAUGCUGAGUAUGACAUUCUUCACAGCCCUCCCACCAAUGACAAGGAGAGCUGCAGCAGCACUGGGGACCUCAAUGGCACCUCUGUCUCAAAGCUACAGAGAUUUAACUCCUAUGACAUCAGCAGAGACACUCUCUAUGUCUCCAAGUGCAUUUGUCUGAUUACUCCAAUGUCUUUCAUGAAAGCUUGUAAGAAAGUUCUGGAACAGCUUCACCAAGCAGUGACUUCACCUCAGCCACCGCCGCUACCUUUAGAAAGCUACAUCUACAAUAUUCUCUAUGAGGUUCCUCUUCCUCCAGCAGGAAGGUCAUUGAAGUUUUCAGGUGUUUAUGGACCAAUUAUCUGCCAGAGGCCAAGCACCAAUGAACUACCAUUGUUUGAUUUUCCUGUUAAAGAAGUUUUUGAAUUGCUUGGAGUAGAAAAUGUGGUUCAACUCUUUACCUGUGCCCUUUUGGAGUUUCAGAUACUGCUUUAUUCACAGCAUUAUCAGAGGCUGAUGACAGUGGCAGAGACCAUCACAGCACUAAUGUUUCCAUUUCAGUGGCAGCAUGUGUAUGUUCCUAUCCUUCCAGCAUCCCUCCUUCAUUUUCUAGAUGCUCCUGUCCCUUACCUCAUGGGCUUGCACUCUAAUGGACUGGAUGAUAGGUCUAAGCUGGAACUUCCUCAAGAGGCUAACCUGUGCUUUGUGGAUGUGGACAACCAUUUCAUUGAGCUGCCAGAAGAUCUACCCCAGUUUCCAAAUAAACUUGAGUUCAUUCAGGAGAUUUCAGAGAUUCUGAUGGCUUUUGGAAUUCCACCUGAGGGAAACCUGCACUGCAGUGAAAGUGCCUCCAAGAUGAAGAGCCUCAGAGCAUGUGACCUGGUUUCUGAUAAAAGAAAUGGCAACAUAGCAGGAUCACCUCUGAAUUCCUAUGAGCUGCUAAAGGAAAAUGAGACUAUUGCAAGACUCCAAGCACUUGUUAAAAGAACAGGUGUGAGUCUGGAAAAGCUGGAGGUACGAGAAGAGACCAGUAGCAAAAAGGAUCUUAAAAUCCAGUGUGAUGAAGAAGAAUUCAAGAUUUACCAGCUGAACAUUCAGAUUCGGGAAGUUUUUGCCAACCGCUUCACACAAAUGUUUGCAGAUUAUGAAGUGUUUGUCAUUCAGCCCAGUCAGGACAAGGAAUCCUGGUUUACAAACAGAGAACAGAUGCAAAACUUUGAUAAAGCUUCUUUCUUGUCCGACCAGCCUGAACCUUACUUGCCUUUCCUCUCGAGAUUCCUGGAGACCCAAAUGUUUGCAUCCUUCAUUGACAAUAAGAUUAUGUGCCAUGAUGAAGAUGACAAAGACCCUGUUUUGAGAGUUUUUGAUUCCAGGGUGGAUAAAAUCAGGCUGCUGAACGUCAGGACACCGACUCUGCGCACAUCUAUGUAUCAGAAAUGCACAACCAUCGAUGAGGCUGAGAAAUCUAUUGAAUUAAGGCUGGCAAAAAUAGAUCACACUGCAGUUCACCCACACUUGCUGGACAUGAAAAUUGGACAAGGGAAAUAUGAGCUUGGAUUUUUUCCUAAGCUUCAGUCUGAUGUUUUAUCCACUGGCCCAGCAAGCAACAAGUGGACAAAGAGGAAUGCUCCUGCUCAGUGGAGGCGCAAGGACAGGCAGAAGCAGCACACGGAGCACCUGCGGCUGGACAAUGACCAGAGAGAGCACCUGGACUUUUCCAUGUCAGAGCUUCAGUUGCAGUUAUGUUUAGACUGGGACCAGCAUGAUUGGCCCUUCAUGCCCUCUAUAAAAUCUGUGUCAGAGCAUUAUCUGAAAUACAUCCAGGAAGCCAGGAACCUGGGCAGCACCAUCCGGCAGCCCAAGCUCUCCAACCUCUCUCCUUCAGUAAUUGCACAAACAAACUGGAAGUUUGUAGAAGGCUUGUUGAAGGAAUGCAGAAAUAAGACUAAGAGGAUGUUGGUUGAGAAGAUGGGUCGAGAAGCUGUGGAGCUUGGUCAUGGUGAAGUGAAUAUCACAGGAGUGGAAGAGAACACCCUGAUAGCCAGUCUGUGUGACCUCUUGGAGAGAAUAUGGAGUCACGGUCUGCAAGUCAAACAGGAUAGAAGCUGUACUGCUUUCAUCUUAGAAGACAGAGCAUCAGUUUACUCUGCUUCAACCCAGGUUUGGGCCUUUCAGAGCAGCAGACGGCCAACCCUUCAUAAGGGAAAGUCUGCUUUGUGGUCUCAUCUGUUACAUUACUUAGAAAACAGACAAAGAAGAACCACAUCAGGCAGCUUCAGCACCUCAGGAAUACUUCUUGAUUCAGAAAGACGAAAGUCUGAUACAAGUCCAGCUAUGUCACCUCUCAGAAUCUCUCUCAUCCAGGAUAUGAGGCAUAUCCAGAACAUAAGUGAGAUCAAAACAGAUGUUGGCAAGGCCAGAGCCUGGGUUCGCCUCUCUAUGGAAAAGAAGCUGCUCUCCAGGCAUCUGAAACAGUUGCUUUCAGAUCAUGAACUCACAAAGAAACUCUACAAGCGUUACGCGUUCCUCCGCUGCGAUGAUGAGAAGGAGCAAUUCCUGUAUCAUCUCCUGUCAUUCAAUGCUGUGGAUUACUUCUGCUUUACCAAUGUUUUCACAACAAUCUUGAUACCCUACCAUAUCUUGAUUGUUCCCAGCAAGAAACUCGGUGGCUCAAUGUUCACAGCCAAUCCUUGGAUCUGCAUUUCGGGAGAACUGGGUGAAACAGGAGUCCUGCAGAUUCCCAGGAAUAUAUUAGAAAUGACUUUUGAGUGCCAGAACCUGGGAAAACUGACCACAGUGCAAAUAGGACAUGAUAAUUCAGGGCUGUAUGCCAAGUGGCUUGUGGAAUAUGUUAUGGUCAGAAAUGAAAUAACAGGGCAUACUUACAAGUUUCCCUGUGGAAGGUGGCUUGGGAAGGGAAUGGAUGAUGGCAGCUUAGAGAGAAUCCUGGUGGGAGAGCUGCUGACUUCCCACACGGAGGCUGAUGAGCGCCAGUGCCGGACCCCUCCCCUGCAGCAGUCUCCAAGCAUGAUCAGGAGAUUUGUCACUAUCUCACCAAACAAUAAGCCAAAGUUAAAUACUGGUCAGAUACAAGAAGCUAUUGGUGAAGCUGUGAAUGGUAUUGUCAAGCAUUUCCACAAGCCAGAGAAGGAGAGAGGCAGCCUGACCCUGCUGCUGUGUGGAGAAAGUGGACUUGUUUCAGCUCUGGAGCAAGUGUUCCAGCACGGAUUUAAAUCACCAAGACUCUUCAAGAACGUCUUCAUUUGGGACUUUCUAGAAAAAGCACAAACAUACUAUGAGACCCUUGAGCAGAACGAGAUGGUCCCAGAAGAGAACUGGCAGAUGAGGGCCAGGAAUUUCUGUCGCUUUAUCACUGCUAUCAACAACACCCCCAGGAACAUUGGGAAGGAUGGCAAGUUUCAAAUGCUGGUGUGUCUUGGAGCCAGAGACCACCUUUUGCACCACUGGAUCGCCCUGCUUGCAGACUGCCCCAUUACAGCCCAGAUGUAUGAGGACAUAGCCCUGAUUAAGGAUCACACGCUGGUGAAUUCUUUGAUUCGGGUGCUGCAGACCUUGCAGGAGUUCAACAUCACCCUGGAGGCAUCUCUGGUCAAAGGAAUCGACAUCUGACCUCCUGUCCCACAGGAAAAACUGUCUUUACAAACACAACAAAAAGCAACAAGGAGUGAAUCUCGUUAGUAUGCAAAAGUUCUGUCUUGCCAGUACAUUGUAUCGUGAACUCGUUCAUGGCCCAGAAAUGCAACUUUGACUUUUCUUGAAGGAAACUCCAGAAAUAGUACAGGCAAAUGGAUAGAAGCUGUAAACUCAAUGUAAAAAAGAGGAUUUUGGUAUAAAUCUAUUUUAGAGUUUAUUUGCUGAUUUGCUUUUUACACACUUUCAUGUGAAAGAGAUAGAGAUGAGUAUUGUGCAGCUUAUUUUAAAGCUGCAGUAUUUCCUUGCCAUAGAAAAUGUGCAGUGAGCCUUUCAGCAUUCUGUGAACUUGCCUUCAGAUAUGCUGUAUGUCAUAGACCCCAGUGUAUACACUCCAUUUCUGCUGAGAAGGUCAUUCUAUAGUUUUUAAACUAAUAUUUUAUAUAUUAACAUUAUUACCAAUGUUUGAUUUUUAAGGUGUUGGGUCAUGUUCUGCUGCAAGGGAACUACAGAUCUGAUCUGUGCUUUUAAUAGCUCCAAAGCACUGAUUUGUCAACAAUUAUUUUUUUCCUUUAUUUUUGUUGUCAGUAUUAUUUUUAGUGAAAUCCAGGAGACUGAACCGUGAAAUGUCCAGAGAUCAAAGUAAUAUUUUUCAUAUUGGUACGUAAUUGCACAGAAGAAGAAAUUAAGUCUGUUUUUUAACUGAUGUUUUUUAUUUAUUUAACCUAUCAUUGUGUUUUGUAAGUUUGUCUUUAAAAAAAAAAUCUUCUAUGAUACAGCUGGCUAUAUUAUGUUGCAAUUCAGAAUUUACAGUGUAGCCCACUUAAAUGAAAAACCUGGAAUAAUUGUUCAUAACACAAGAACAUUUCCACUUAAACCAGCCUUUUGAAGCUUGCUAUAUGGUUGCUGCUGGUAAUUCUCUUAACUGCUAAUAAAGAGGAGCAUGAGUUCCCCAGAUGCCAGAUGACUAAAUAAAAAUCUUUAUGCCCCAUCUGAAGUAAUAAUACCUUACUAACAAGUAUAAGGAUUUCUUAAUGUUUCUGAAAGGACAGUGAUAUUAAGGUUUUUUCUUUUCCUUUUGAGUGCAUAUGUCUUGGAUCCCAUUGUCACAGUCUGCUUCAUUUGGGAUGCUUUUGUUUCUAGCAAAGAAAGUUUAGGCCAUUUCUGCUAUGAAACACAAACAUUUUGAAAGCUUAAUUUAUUGGAGAUCUGGAACUUGGCAAAUGCCUAAAGGCAUCUCUGUUCAUUUGAAUCCUCUGAUAAAAAUCUCUUUGAAAUGAAUAUGUGACUUAAGAACAGGCUGAUUUAUCAGCAUCACAAAUUACUGUACAGAAGUUCAGGGCUGUGUAUUUAAGAGGUCUCCACUGUAUAAACUUAUCUCAGUAUUGUCUCUCUUUGGAGAAGCAGAGUCCAAAUUUUUUGGUUCAUACAAUGUUGUAGCACUUUUACUUUAUCUACAGCUUAGUCACAUCUUGUGAUAGUUUUAUUUCCAUAAUUUAUGAGUAUAGCACAUGUAUUAAAUUUUUGACUAUUUUUAAUUUUGUCCUAUUUAUUUCAUUAUUAAACUGAGAAGUUCCUUUGUCACUA